UGUACGGAAAAACAACCAGCCGGUUAAAGGACCUGGAGGAAUCGGCCUACCUCAAGGACGACGUGUUCAGAGUUAGGUGCGACCUAACGGUGACGAAGGAGAUCUUCACGGGGCUCAUCACGCCUCCCGCAGUCGUGGUGCCGCCGUCAGACAUGCACCACGAUCUCGCCUGGCUCCUCUCGUCCGGCGAGGGCUCCGACGUCGCCUUCGAGGUCGGCGGGGAGACGUUCCCCGCGCACAUGUACAUCCUCGCCGCCCGGUCCUCCGUCUUCAGGGCGGAGCUCCUCAGUCCGAUGAAGGAGAACGCCGCCGCUCGCGUGCGGAUCGAUGACAUGGAUCCCAAAGCGUUCAGAGCUAUGCUGCACUUCGUAUACACCGACUCGUUGGCCGAGGGUAGCACGGUAGCCAUGGCUCAGCACUUGCUCGUGGCGGCGGACAGGUACGACAUGAAGAGGCUCAAGUUGAUCUGCGAGGAGAAGCUCUGCAACAACCUCUGCAGAAGGACGGUGGCUAAUACGUUAGCGCUGGCCGAGCAGCACGGUUGCGGUGCGCUCAAGAAGGCAUGCUUCAAGUUUCUCACCUCUCCGGGAAAUUUUAAAGCAGUUAGGGCGUGCCAGGGAUUUCAGCACCUCAAGAGGAGUUGCCCCUCCGUUCUGGAGGAGUUGAUCGCCAUUCUUGCUCCGUGA